AGAAACACGUCAUCCCAUGUAACUAGCCUAUAACGUUGUUAGUGUAUGAACAGGGCAGUGUGGCAGGAAAAAAACGAGUGUACUGUAAAUCAGUGUGUCUGUCAGAGAAACGGUUCCCCUUCUGCCAGCGGCCAUGGACGACACACAGGAUCGACACAUCCCCAUUAGGAACAACUAAACCCGACGGGCGAGGCUUUGUUCCCUCGGUUCAUCCCUGUGGACCGUUUUCCUACGAUGGAACGGGCGAUGGAGCAGCUCAACGUACAACUCAUCCGGCUGACCCGUUCCCUCCGCCGGGCCAGGACCGUGGAACUCCCGGAAGACAAUGAGACUGCAGUGUACACACUUAUGCCAAUGGUCAUGGCUGACCAGCACAGGUCAGUGUCAGAGUUGCUGCUUAACUCCAAGUUUGAUGUGAACUAUGCCUUUGGACGGGUGAAGAGAAGUCUGCUGCACAUUGCUGCCAACUGUGGGUCAGUGGAGUGUCUGGUUCUGCUGCUGAAGAGAGGAGCCAACCCAAACUACCAGGACAUCUCAGGCUGUACCCCUCUGCACCUCGCUGCUAGGAAUGGACAGAAGAAGUGUAUGGGCAAGCUAUUGGAAUAUAAUGCUGAUGUCAACAUCUGCAACAAUGAGGGUCUGACUGCUAUCCACUGGUUGGCAGUGAAUGGACGGACGGAGCUCCUCCAUGAUCUGGUCCAGCAUGUGUCCAACGUGGAUGUGGAGGAUGCCAUGGGACAGACAGCUCUACAUGUGGCCUGUCAGAAUGGACACAAAACUACGGUGUUGUGUCUUCUGGACAGUGGAGCUGACAUCAACCGGCCAAAUGUCUCUGGAGCCACGCCUCUUUACUUUGCCUGCAGCCAUGGCCAAAGAGACACAGCACAGAUCCUGCUCUCUCGAGGUGCCAAAUACCUUGCUGACAAGAAUGGAAUCACUCCUCUGGAUCUCUGUGUGCAGGGUGGAUAUGGGGAAACCUCUGAGAUCCUCAUCCAGCAUCACAGCAGACUGUUCCAGACCCUCAUCCAGAUGACACAGAAUGAUGAUAUUAAAGAGAACAUGCUCAAGCAGGUUCUGGAGCAUGUCUCUCAGCAGAGUGACAGUCAUUACCAGAGGAUCUUGACCAGUCUUGCUGAAGUGGCUACCACCAAUGGACACAAGCUUCUAAGCCUAUCCAGCAGUUAUGAAGCUCAGAUGAAGAGUCUGCUGAGAAUCGUUCGUAUUUUCUGCAAUGUGUUCCGCCUGGGGCCUUCAUCACCCAACAACGGCAACGACAUGGGCUACAAUGGCAACAAGACACCCCGCAGCCAGGUCUUUAAGCCAUUGGAGCUGUUGUGGCACUCCCUGGACGAGUGGCUGGUGCUCAUCUCCACAGAGCUGGACAGAAACAGGAAGAACCCAUCUUCCUCCUCCUCCAGCAGCGAGAUAGCCUCUCUGCUUCUCAAACAGUGCGAGGUCGACCAUUCCUGCACCACACCAAAGAUCCCCUCCUUGCUGGACCCUCAGAUCGUUUUGGAAACAGAGGUGUACGCCGAUGGGGAGGACGUCAUCUCCAUGACAGCCAAUCGUCUCAGUGCUGUGAUCCAGGCCUUCUAUAUGUGCUGCUCAUGUCAGAUGCCACAAGGAAUGACAUCCCCUCGCUUCAUUGAGUUUGUCUGCAAGCAUGAUGAGGUGCUGAAGUGUUUUGUAACCAGGAAUCCAAAGAUCAUCUUUAACCACUUCCACUUCCUCCUGGAGUGUCCAGAAUUGAUGUCACGCUUCAUGCAUAUUAUUAAGGGCCAGCCCUUCAAGGAUCGCUGUGAGUGGUUCUAUGAGCAUCUGCUGGCCGGCCAGCCAGACUCAGACAUGGUUCAUCGUCCGGUCAACGAGAAUGACAUCCUGCUCAUCCACAGAGACUCCAUAUUCAGGAGUAGCUGUGAGAUGGUUUCCAAGUCCACCAACGAGAAACUCAAACAGGGCAUCGCUGUUCGCUUCCAUGGCGAGGAGGGGAUGGGCCAGGGUGUGGUUCGGGAGUGGUUUGACAUCCUGUCCAAUGAGAUCAUCAACCCAGACUAUGCUCUGUUCACUCAGUCAGCUGAUGGUACCACUUUUCAGCCCAACAGUAACUCCUCAGUGAACCCAGACCACCUGAACUACUUUCGGUUCGCAGGUCAGAUCCUCGGUCUGGCUCUCUACCACCGACAUCUGGUCAACAUCUACUUCACCCGCUCCUUCUACAAACAUAUACUGGGUAUCCCAGUGAACUACCAGGACGUGUCGUCCAUCGAUCCAGAGUAUGCUAAGAACCUGCAGUGGAUCCUGGACAACGACAUCAGCGAUCUGGGUCUGGAGCUCACCUUCUCUGUAGAGACGGACGUGUUCGGGGCGAUGGAAGAAGUGCCACUCAAACCCGGAGGGACCAGCAUCCUGGUCACCCAGGACAACAAGGCUGAGUACGUCCAGCUGGUGACGGAGCUGAGGAUGACGCGAGCCAUCCAACCUCAGAUAAAUGCCUUCCUGCAAGGAUUCCACACCUUCAUUCCUCCCUCGCUCAUCCAGCUUUUCGACGAAUAUGAAUUGGAGCUCCUGCUGUCAGGGAUGCCAGAGAUCGAUGUGCAGGAUUGGUGCAGGAACACUGAUUACACCAGUGGAUACGACCCUCAGGAGCCAGUCAUCCAGUGGUUCUGGGAGGUGGUGAAGAGCCUGACUCAGGAGGAACGGGUUCUUCUGCUUCAGUUUGUCACUGGAAGUUCCAGGGUUCCUCAUGGUGGCUUUGCCUACCUGAUGGGUGGCAGUGGUUUACAGAAGUUCACCGUUUCUGCAGUGCCAUACACCUCCAAUCUACUGCCUACCUCUAGUACCUGUAUCAAUAUGCUGAAACUCCCAGAAUACCCGAGCCAGGAGGUCCUGAGAAACCGGCUGCUGGUAGCGCUGCAUUGUGGGAGCUACGGGUAUACCAUGGCGUAAACAUCAUAUCAAUUCCUGAUGCUGUGAGUGUCUGCAGACUCAUGCAACACUCCCUCCUCCACAGACACCCAUUUUGUAGUCAGGCGCUGCUUCUGGUGUACAAAAAAGGGAAAUCCAGAUUCUUAUUAAUGAGCUGCUGGAGAGGCACAACAGAUUGAAUGGAGAACACAGGUUCUGGAUCUCCACUCAUACCUGUGCUAGAACUUCUAUUUUUUGGAUUGAAGCUGGUAUCUGGUAAUUUAUGCAAAUAAUAAUUUAAUAUCUUUAAAUUUGACAAUUUUCAUGCAUACAUUUAUUUAAGAAAAAACAGCAUUUAUACCAUGAAUUCUAUUUAAAACACAGGAUAAUAAUCACAAUAAAACAUAUUCAUGCAAGUUUACUGAAUGUCAAAUAUCAAUAAGGAGCUUUCCAUAUGGAACCAGUGGUAGGGGUCAGGCCGAUGAAGUUCCAAUUGGGAAAACCAUUUCUUUAUGGACCUGGCUUUGUGCAUGUUGAAACAGGAAAGGACCAAACACAAACUGUUGAUACAAAGGUGGAAGAAUAUUGUUGCCUAAAAUAUCAUUGUAUAUUGGCGCUAAAAAAUAUGAAAUUCAAUAAAUUCUGAUUAAAAUUCUGGAAAUACCUGAUCAAAAAGUAAUUAAUCAAGACUAAAAAUGUGACCAAGAAUUUAGAGCCAAUUUUGAGCAUUUAACUGUUUUCAAUACCGUUUUCUUAUCUACAGCUGACUAAAGGCACCAGAUCUGCCAACCCAUACUGUACCAGUCUGCUCAGCUCUGCUCAAAAAUGGAAUGUUUAUGUGUUUGUGUUUCCCUAUGAAUUAAAUAUAAACUAUAACGAAACUGCAGCUAUUGUGCAAAUUUUCCACUUUUUCAAAAGAGGAUAAAACUUUUUUAUUUGUGGAAACAGCUUCUAAGGCUCAAGCUAGGAGACACACUGUCAUCUUCUGUGGUACACAACUGAUAAAAUUAUCACAACAAAGUCCACAUGGCUUAAGUUAUCAACCAUUAGUGACUUAAACUGUCCCUCUACAACAUUCAACAUUUGGGAGGACUCAAAACUCGUUAGCCUAACUUGGAAGCUACUUAGUCUAGCUUCCUAAAUUUAGCAUUGAUUCCCACUACAUGUUACUUUUUGAUCACGUUCUUUCAACCCCUGCUGAGUCAUUGGCAGCUCCUGCACACUCACUGCUGUGUUCUUCCUGCCUUAUUUAAAGGAGAGUGUCAAUCUAGCGUUAGCUGUCUUUUUGUUAUGGGUUCAGAUGUGGUGACAGCAAAUGACUAGACCAGUUACUCUGUGAGCGCAAAACUGGCUGUUAGGCUGCUGGAGCUAGGACACUUCGUCAUGUUGACAGGAGGAGCUGGGGAUUGAACCACCAACCGUGUGAUCAGUGGACGACCCGCUCUAUUUCCUGAGCCACAGCCACCCUACACUGGGUUGAUUCCAAUAUUUGUCUGUAUGUCUGAAUAUAUUUAAAUUUGGCUACUUUUAGAUGAACAUACAAAUUCAGUAUAUCCCUACCAGAAAUUUUGUCGUAGGUAUGUCAUGUAUAGUUCUUUAGUGCAUAAUUGCAAUGUGAAACCAAAACUAACUGGAUCAAAUAUAUACAAUGUAACAAAAACGCAAACCUUGGUUCGGACCUUUGUUCCUAUUUUCAAGUGUGAAAAGGCCCUUAAACAGCACUUAGACCUUCAUGUUAAUCAUUUUACAGGAAAAAUAUAUGAACAGUUAACGGAAUAAAUUAAAUGUGUUGGUUGGGGUAAAUUCAUGCCUUACCUCCAUACCUUAGUAUUUCUAAAAUCCUGGCUACGGUCCUGUGCCCACCCACACAGAUAUUGUAACAAUCAAAUUUAAGUAAUGACAUUGUCAGUCUGUAAAAAAUCAUGCCCACUGGUGAAUACCAAUAUAGGGGAAAUUGCAGGGAAAUAGGUAAAAUUGUAUUUAUUUUGGGUUAUUACAAUUUUGACCAAAUAAGUACACAAUAAAAUGAACGACAAUGGUAAAUACUUAUUGAUUUCUCAGCAGUUUUAGUUUUAAUGUAAUUUGGACUUUAAUGUAUCUAAGACUGGACUUAUCCAGCUGUGAUGGAACAUGUGUUUGCAGAAAAGAAAUUGUAGACUAAAUACAAUGAUGUAGGUAUUGGGCAUGCUGUAUGGCCGAGGUGUUUUCCAUUUGUCUACAUAGCUGCAUGAACAUGCCCCUCCAUCCCUGUAGCAUAAAAUGCAUGUCAUGUGGUUUACUAUAUGAAAUUCUUUGUCAAUUUUUAAGUGAGUAUUUUAAGUAAUAUUUGUGCUUCAUGAAUGAAUAGCAAUCUUCCUUAGUGAUAGUUUUCUGUUUGUAUUUGUCCCUGUUUAGUAUACUUUCACAAGGAGCAAUACAAGAUAUCUACAUGACAAUUGUUUGGCUCGCAGUGCCAACAAAUACAAGCUGGAAUCCUUUUGAAUCCAUUCUUUUAUUUGUAUUUUUGCCUACACAAGCAUGCUGAAAAUGUGUUUUUAUUCUAAAAGAGAUGGGGAAUGUCAUGAAGUUUUCCUUCAUUUGUAAAGGGAGUGUACAUAAUGAUUUAAUAUUUCCUAUCUAUCAGUAUUGUCUUGAAUGCCUAGCCUCAAAUGCUUUUGAAAAAUGAUGUUAAUGUUUAUUGAAAAUGGAGCCUUUAUACAUAUUUAUGUAAAUGUCUUCACUAUCAAAUAAUGUAUUUUACAAUAAAUAUAUGUUGUGCUUUGAGAUUUUAUCCAAUAAAACGUGUUUUGACAAUG